ACAUAGCUUGUGCUAAGUUUCAACUAGUAGAAGUCAAAUUAAUAGCCCCCAGAUACUACUAAAAUCCAAAGGAGUACUUCUGAUCAAUUCUCAACAUAAAUGUGAUUGAAAAUAAACACACCAUAGAUUUAUGUUAACUAUGAAAAUUCACUCAUUAUCAUUAAUUAUUUCUGUUAUCUGCCUGAUUCUGCUCCAAUGGUUGCCUUCGGGUACGAAUACAUGUCAUGCACUUUCUAUCAGGGAAGCCACGAUUUGGGAUUUACAGACUGCUUUCAAGCAAAACCAACUGACAUCAAGGCAACUUGUUCAGUUCUAUCUCAAUGAAAUCCAAAGACUUAACCCCAUUCUUAAAGGGGUUAUAGAGGUAAAUCCUGAUGCUCUUUAUCUAGCGGACAAAGCAGAUUUAGAAAGAAAGGCUAAGGCUGCGGGUUCGUAUUCCGGGUUACAUGGAAUUCCUGUCCUUCUAAAAGAUAACAUUGCAACCAAGGAUAAACUUAAUACAACUGCUGGAUCAUUUGCGUUGCUGGGAUCGGUCGUGCCUCAGGAUUCUGGGGUGGUGAUGAAGCUGAGGAAGGCAGGAGCUAUCAUUCUUGGGAAGGCGAGCUUGAGCGAGUGGUCUGCUUUUAGGUCACCUACUGCACCCGCUGGUUGGAGUGCAAGAGGUGGACAAGGGAAGAAUCCUUAUGUUCUAUCGGCUACUCCUUGUGGCUCCAGUGGUGGAUCUGCUAUCUCUGUGGCAUCAAAUAUGGUAGCAGUAUCGCUUGGGACAGAGACCGAUGGCUCCAUCAUUUGUCCAUCUAGUUUCAAUUCAGUGGUGGGUAUCAAACCAACUGUCGGUCUCACAAGUCGAGCCGGGGUAAUUCCAAUUACUCCAAGACAGGAUACUAUAGGGCCAAUCUGCAGGACUGUAUCAGAUGCUGCUUAUGUUCUUGAUGCCAUUGUAGGCUUUGACUACAAUGAUGCUGAAGCAACCGGAAAAGCAUCAAACUAUAUUCCCAGUGGUGGUUAUGUCCAGUUUCUGAAAGCCGACGGGCUAAAGGGAAAGAGAUUGGGAAUAGUGAGAGAUCCAUUCUUCAAGUUUUCGGAAAAACUUGUUGCACAAGCUUUCCAGAAUCAUCUCCAAACAUUUAGGAGCAAUGGUGCAGUCGUGGUAGAUUAUUUGGAAAUUGCUAAUAUCAGCACAAUUUUGACCUCCACUUUAAGUGGCGAAACAACAGCGGCAUUAGCUGAAUUCAGGAUUUCCUUGAAUGCUUACCUGAAAGAACUAGUGGCUUCUCCAGUCCGAUCCUUGGCUGAAGUAAUAGCGUUCAAUAAAAAAUUCUCCGAUCUGGAAAUGAUCAAAGAUUUUGUCAAUUUUAGACGAUGGAUGGGCAAUGAAGAUUUUCCCCUUGAAACAUCACUAGGACACGGUGAACAUGAGGCGACGAGGCUACGGUGGUGCUUAAUAAUAGACCGCGAGACUUCUGAUGCUAUACAAUUAGAGCACCGCUCCAAAAAAAAGGAACAGAAGAAAGGUAUAACAUAUCAGAAUAAUGGAGUGAAUUAUCCAAAUGGUCACUGA